AUAAAUAAAUAAAUAAAUAGAAAUAUAUUUGUAUGUAUUUCUAUUUAUUUUUAUCAAUAUUAUCUAUUAAAAAUUAAUAUAGACUUAGCUUGUUAAUUAGCUUGUUUUAAAUAAAUAUAUUUGACAUAUAUAACAUAUAUAUUUGAAUUCAAUUUUACAAUUAAAACCUUCAUAUAGGGUCAGAGCACCAGUACUCAACUGGUAAGGGGCUAAGUAAGUUUAACUUUCAAAUCUACCGUUUAUUGUAAUUAUCCCUUGGCCCGAUAGAGGCGUUCAGGUAGUUUAUUGAAAUUGGUGACCAGCAGAGGCGUACAAUCAGUGCUGCCAGAUCGUGCGAUAUUUUUACCCCCUCCUGCCAUUACACUCCAUGCUAUUUCACCUCGGGAAGGGGUAGAAAAAUCGCACGAUUUGGCAGCACUGCGUAUGACGUGUGAACCGCUACAUGGCGAUUCUCACUACAGUAAAGCUGCCAUUGUGAUACACAGAAAAGUUAAAUAUCUAGCUCUAUAUAUCGUGUUUCUUUAAAAAAUAUAAUUAAGGAAAAAUUGUUUAUUAUAAAAAGUGUCGAGUUUAAAAAUGCCGUUAAAAAAGAUAGAACGAAACGUUCAUACAGAACGUCGUAUAUGGAAACUUGAAAAUAUAAGUGAAACAUUCGCAAAAGUAGAUCUGUAUAGGAAGAAGUUAUUAGUGGAUCCUGUCUAUGAGACUUGUUUCUUUUCUACAAAAUUUCAAGAUCAUGACAUUGACUGGUACGUCAAGUUGAAGUUUCGUCGUAAUGAAUUGAAAGGUGGAAUCAAUAUAUUUUUCGACGCUGUCAAAAAAUUCCAACCUAAUAAUCAUGUCACCUGUAAUUUUUACCUGGUCGACGCCGACAAAAAUAAGUUUUUCAUGGGGCGAAAAAAUCGAAAAUACGAUUCUAUGUAUCAUUACUAUCCUGAAACUGAUAGAAGCACUUUUUGUACUCUGGGCCAAUUACCAAAUACUAAAGACAAAUUAUUGCCCAAUAAUACCAUGACAUUGUUGAUCGAACUCAUCAUUUACUUGGAUGAAAAUCCUAUAUUUCCUAUAGAAGAAAUAGAAUAUGAAAUUGAACCAGUUGUCAAUUUAGAUAAUAUCUCGAAUUUGUAUCCACUUAAAGAUGGCGGUGACGUUAAGAUUUAUGUGCAGGAUGUUGAAUUUUCAGUCCAUGAAACUGUUUUAAAAACACGAUGUCCGGAAUCAUAUCAAAUUUUUGCUCGUCAUCAACAAAUGUCUGGCAACAAUGAUAACCAAUUAGUUCUUACGGAUAUCAAGCCAGAGAUAUUUGAAAGAGUAUUAGAAUUUAUCUACACUGGGAAAGUCAAAGAUUUGGAUGAUUAUGCAGAAUCUUUGCUAGAAGCUGCUUCGCAAUAUGGAUUGACAGGAUUAAAAUAUAUGUGUGAAUUCUCUCUCGCCGAUAAUUAUCUAACAUACAAGAACUCUAAAAAGAUUAUAAAAAUGGCUUUUCGUUGUGGUGCCGUGGAGUUACGCUUAAAUGCGAAUAAGUUACGAAACAAUUCAUCCAUGACUCUAAUGGAUUAUUCCGUUACACGUAGUGGUACUUUAAUAGAAACAAGACCAAGUGGCAAAAAAGAGAUGUGUAAAAAUCGUUUUAAAAAAGAUAUACCGAAGGGAAUUAGGAUUGUACCAUACUAGAUUGUCUUUGCAUCACUAGAUGCCAAUCCAUUUAUUCAUCUCAGCAAGGUUUUUCUUUAUAAAAUUUAAUAUUUUCCAAACAAAUUCGUUUUUUUGUGCUUAAAGUAGUUCCAGCGAGGUAUAAUAUAGUCAGAGUAUUUACUAUAGACAAAAAUUUAGAAGCCUCGGCACACAGACGUUCACACAUACAAUUACAUAUUGUUAGUUUCAGCGAUCUGAGAACGUUGCUCUAAGUGUUCAUGUAUUUUUGUUUACUAAUCCGUGAAGAUUUGAAUUUCCCGCUCUUUAUUCUACACUAUUUCAGAGAGCGUUGCUCACGGCGUUGCCAGAUCACUAUAAUUUGCUAAGUGAGCAGGUUGGAAAUUGAUCGAAAAUUAUUUUUUUAAUUAUUAUAUCUCGAUAACAAAAUCUAUCGAGUGCGAGCGUCUUAGACUCGAUUGUACUAGAUAAAUACAUUAGUUCUUGUGACAGAUAUUUGAAAUUUACUACAUUUAGUGCCUAUAAAUGGCAGGUUAUAAAUCCGUGUUAAUUUAUUUGGUAAGAUUGUUUUGAGUAUUUGUUGAAAAUUAGAGUGAAGUCGGUAAGUGGACGAAUUAAAAUGAUAAUAAAUUUUGUCUCAAGAUGGCUCGUUAAGUUACUUCGAUAUUUUCUGGUCGUUUGCUAUCGCACAUGUAACCAAAAAAUAUUUUUUGAUCCGAUGAUGACGUCACUAUUAGAAUGAUUAGAUAUCUUUUUUACUAGCUGUCUCUUAUCUAAUAUUUUUAGCUGCCGGCUAUAGGCGCUGAAUGUCGUAGAUUUCAAGUGUCUGUCACAAAAAAUAUAUAUAUUUAAAUAUAAGUAUACAUAUAUGUGAAGAUAUUUUAAGUGAUAAAUUUAAACCGAAGGCCUCUGGACAAAUGUAAAUGUAUAGAGAACAUGGCGUCGGCAAUUUAAUUAUCUUUAGAUAAAAACAAAAUAAUUAAAUCUUGAUAUAUAUAUUUUGCACAAUCAAUUAUUUAAAAUGAAUCAUUAAUAGUAAAAAAAUGUAAUUAUAUAAUUUACUUUUAUUACAUUAUAUAUUUAUUAAUUGAUUUUUAUUAUAGAAAAAGUUUUUGA